UCUUGUCCAAAAACACCCAACCAUGGCUUAUUCUUUUGUAGAGAAUACGAGAUUUUACCCUUCAACAUCCUCUUUAUUGUCCUUGUACGCUUCAUUUUCCACUUCCUUAAUGCUCUUGCGUAAUGUUUACCAUGAAUUAGUACCCAAGACGCUCGAGACUUUUCUUGUCUCAAAAUUCUUGCUCUUCUUCUCUCGUAGAAAAUCAUCUCUUUCUUAUGAUACCUUCAUAAUUGAUGAUUCGUGGGACGGUCUUGAUCGCAACAAUCUCAUAGACGCAGCAAGAUUCUACUUGUCUUCCAAGAUCGGCCCUAAAAACAAAAUAAUCAGAAUUGGUAAGUUUAGACGGCAAAAGAAUGUAACAGCUGCCUUAGUAGAAGGUCAGAAAGUUGUUGAUGUCUAUGAAGGGACAGAAAUUACCUGGCAAUUUGCAAAGCAAGAAAACGACGAUCGAUCGAAUAAUGAUAAAUUCUAUAACAAAGGUUAUUUUAAACUAAACUUUGAAGAUCAAUAUAGAGAAAAAAUCUUUAAUGGUUACUUAAACCACAUUUUGGAUACUUCCAAGGCCAUGACAAAAGGCGAAAAGGUUUUAAAGCUUUAUACAAGGUCUCGCGGUUGUUGGAAUUCCACUGAUUUUCGACAUCCAUCGACAUUUGAUGCGCUAGCGAUGGAUCACAAUCUAAAG